AUGAGAAAUCAUACAACACUAACAACAUUCAUCCUCCUGGGAUUGACCGAUGACCCACAACUUCAAGUUCUGGUAUUUGUAUUUCUGCUUAUCACUUACAUGUUAAGUGUAACUGGAAAUCUGACAAUCAUCUCCCUCACCUUAAUAAAUUCUCAACUUAAAUCUACCAUGUACUAUUUUCUUCAAAAUUUCUCCUUCUUGGAGAUCUCAUUUACUACAGUCUGUAUUCCCAGAUUCCUUUAUAGCAUGUCAACUGGAGAUAAGACCAUUUCUUAUAAUGCUUGUGCUAGUCAACUAUUUUUUAUCAUCCUAUUGGGAGCAACAGAAUUUUUUCUCCUGGCCAUCAUGUCCUAUGAUCGCUAUGUGGCCAUCUGCAAACCCUUGCAUUAUGUGACCAUCAUGAGCAGCAGAGUCUGCAGAAGGUUCAUCCUCUGCUGUUGGGUAGGAAGUUUGUUAAUCAUAAUCCCUCCACUUGGCCUAGGCUUAAAUCUGGAGUUCUGUGAUUCAAAUGUCAUUGAUCAUUUUCUCUGUGAUGCAUCACCUAUUCUCAAGAUCUCUUGCUCAGACACAUGGCUCAUAGAGCAGAUGGUUAUAGCCUGUGCUAUAAUGACCUUCAUCAUAACCCUUGUGUGUAUAGUUCUUUCCUAUAUAUACAUCAUCAAGACAAUCCUAAAAUUUCCAUCUCCUCAGCAAAAGAAAAAGGCCUUUUCCACCUGUUCUUCUCACAUGAUAGUUGUAUCCAUCACCUAUGGAAGCUGCAUUUUCAUUUACAUUAAACCUUCAGCAAAAGAAGAAGUGGACAUUAAUAAGGGUGUGGCACUACUCACCACUUCCAUCGCCCCGAUGUUAAACCCAUUUAUAUACACCUUAAGGAACAAGCAAGUGAAACAAGCACUCAAUGACACAAUCAAAAGAAUUGCAUUUAUCUCAAAAAAAUAG